AUGGACGCUACUAAAGAAAAAGAAGUUACUCCUGUAGUAGAAAAGAAAGCCACUGAAAAAAAAUCAGUAGAAAAGAAACCAAAGAAAGUCACUGAAAAGAAAGUAAAAUCACAUGAUGAUGAAGGAAGAAAAAAUACUCUUUCUAAGAAAUCAGGUUUACAAUUCCCAGUUGCUCGUAUUCAUGCUGCUCUUAAAAAAGGAAGAUAUGGAGAACAUAUUAAUAAAAUGGCAUCAGUUUAUUUAACAGCUGUUAUUGAAUAUCUUGUUGCAGAAGUUUUAGAACUUGCAGGUGGACAAGCAAAAGAUUUCCACAAAACAAGAAUUACUCCAAGACAUAUUCAACUUGCAGUUCGAUCAGAUCUUGAAUUAAAUGAU